GCUGAGUUUUAAGUGAUGAAAACACCGGGUGUCUCGCUUCAGUGCGUCUCUCAGUUGACCUUCCGUUUGUAAUUUCACUUCUCCUUUAAUGAUUCACAUGUCAACAGUCGUGUUUCUUGCCAAGUGUAGAUACAGGAAUCAUGCACAGUUGCCAUUGUAUCUUCGCAGCACUUGUAUAUUGUCUUCUGUUUCAUAAAAACCAGGCCUACCGUAACCUUGUUGUUCGUGGCCUUACAACUGCAACACAGAUCUCCGACUACGGAGUCUUUUCCGCCGACAGGACCAUUGACGGUUAUCCAAACAGACUGUGGAUGACUGACGGUUCAUGUUCACACACAGGGUCUGGCCAGACUGAAGCGUGGUUGAAGAUAAUCCUAGACAAGGUUUACAACGUAAAACAAGUACGCUUCUGGUAUAGAAAUGAUCGAGGUAGCGCUUGGCUAAGCACCAUUAGGUUGCACUACUACUCGUUGUAUUAUUACAAUACAUCUGGAAACCCGGUAUUAUGUUACAAAGAUAAUACAGUCUACAGUACACCAAUCCCUAUGCCAUCCACGAUUGAAUGCCCAAGUAAAACUAAAAUCAUCAUGUUCUACACCAACAAACCGAGCCCUCAAGACGGCAGUCAAGCCUUCUUAGAAAUUUGUGAAGUGAAAAUUUAUGGUUGUGAAGCACAUCAGUACGGAGAAAACUGUACAGACUGUAACGCCAAGUGUACAGACUGUGACAUAACAAGAGGAUGUGUGUCAUGCCAAGGAAAGUUUACCGGAAGUGAAUGUGAUUUAUGUCUACCUGGUUACAUGGGAAAUAAUUGCGAGAGAAUAUGUACAACUGGAUGGUAUGGACAGAACUGUAGCAUGGAAUGCAGUGGCCACUGUUUGGAUGAUGAUACCUGUUUUCAUGUGAACGGUACUUGUCAAAGAGGGUGUGCCCCUGGAUACAGAGAACCGACUUGUUCAAAAGAAUGUAUCAAUGGAACUUACGGCCUUGGGUGCCUGGAAAAUUGUAGUGGUAAUUGUUUUGAAAACCAAACAUGUGAUUUUAUUAGCGGCGCAUGCCAAAACGGUUGUAGCAAAGGAUGGACUGGUUCAAAUUGCUUCACUUCUUGCAGUAACGGUACAUAUGGUGAAAACUGCCAGUACAAUUGCAGCGGACACUGCUUCCAAAAUGAAACUUGUAACAGACUUGAGGGAUAUUGUCCCAAUGGCUGUGACAUUGGUUGGGAUGGGGAAGCGUGUGACAGAGAAUGUCCUUCCGGGAGUUUUGGAUUCCACUGUAACAGUACUUGUGGGGAUGGUUGCAAGGAUAGGAUGUGUCACUCAGUAACGGGGACGUGUACCUUGGGCUGCAGGGAUGGAUGGAUCGGUGGCACGUGCGACCAAGCGUGCCCUGAAGGCAGUUUUGGAGGGGACUGUUUAGAGAAAUGUGGUAGAUGUGUAAACAACACGUGUAAUCACGUGAACGGCUCGUGCAGUGGACCGUGUCAGGACGGAUGGGAGGGUGGAAGGUGUCUAAUGGCGAAAGCUCUGGUCUCGCCUGCGGACACCCCGGAUAUCUCUAAUAGUCUAGUGGUUGGAGCCGUGGUUGGUGCUGUGUCAUUACUGGCUGUAAUAGCUGUGACUGCCAUCUUGCUUAUAAGGGAUCGACGUAAAAGGUCACACAACGCUCCAAAAGGCUCUGCACCUAAUGGCACAAAAGAUCAAAUCACAUACAUGAAUGCGGCCGCUUGUAUCCCAGAUGCAAUGUCCAAGACAAUUGAUCCCCCUGUAAUCGUGCCCCAGACAACUGAGCCCCCGCAAGAUCCCGUCUACUCUAAUCCUGAAGAUACCCCGAUCAGGAACAAUAACUCUGUCGGAAAAAUAUCCAUUACCAGGCUUGUUAAUGUCGUCACAUUAGGAUCUGUGAAUAGCUACAAGGAUCUACGAAAAGAGUACCAAACAAUACCGUAUGGGGAACAGGAUCAUAUACCUUGCAAUCAUGGAAAACUUCCACAAAAUAUUCCCAAAAAUAGAUUCAAAACUACUUUCCCAUAUGAUCAUUCUAGGAUUAUUCUGAAGGAUGCGAAAUCUGAUUACAUCAAUGCAAACUAUAUACAGAAUGUUAAAGGAGAAAAAACUUACAUAGCAGCGCAAGGACCACGACCAAACACACUAGCGGAUCACUGGAUGCUGAUUUGGCAAGAAAAUGUGACAACCAUUGUUAUGUUAACAAAUCUUAUUGAAGGGACUAAGAAAAAGUGUGAAAAGUACUGGCCGGACCUCUUGACAGAAUCUCUGUUCGGAAAAACAAAGGUCCUUCUGCUUAGUGAGAAUGCAUAUGCAUACUAUGUUGUCCGGAAGAUGAAGGUUACCUCAGUAGAAACAAAGUCUUCCCGAACCGUGACCCAGUUUCACUACAUACAGUGGCCAGACCAUGGCGUGCCUGACCCACUUAGUCUGGUCGUGUUUCAUAAACAUGUCAAGAGAUCUGUUGGAAAGCAAAAUUCUCUCCCAAUUCUGGUUCAUUGCAGUGCGGGUAUCGGUCGGACCGGAACCUUCAUAGGUUUGGAUGCGCUACAUCAGCAAGGUCUGGAGACUGGACACGUCACAGUGGAGGAUUACGUCAGACGUAUGAGAGAAGACAGGAUGAACAUGGUACAGAACGUAGAGCAGUACAUAUUUCUGUACGAAGCUUUGGUUGAAUCUUUUAAAGACAAGCAUGACGUAAUGACAAAGGACACGUUCAUCAAAAAAACUCGUGAUCUACAGACCGGUAGUAAAUCUCCAUCGGAUUGGAUGAAAUCCCAGUUUGAGGACUUGAAAGCCAUUCUAAAGAGUUAUUCUUCGAGUGAAAAGAAAGCCGGACUGGAAAACAAGGAGCUCAAUAUGACGAGAAAUGUUCUGCCAGCGGACAGAUACAGAGUGUUUCUGACGUCACGCAUAGAAGGCAGGGGAGAUUACUACAAUGCAGUAUAUCUAUCUACAUUUACAGAUAAAGAUGUACUAAUUGCUGGGCAGUACCCACUUUCUGGAAAUUCCGUUGAUCUGUUUCGUCUUUUAUAUGACAAUGACUCCAAUAUCGUUGUUGUGACAAAUAAACUAUCAGACAUACCUUCAUGCAGUGAAUGGUUUUUGGACGAGAAAAUCUCACUUCCUCCUUUUGAAAUAACGAAAACAGACACGUGUAUUAGUUCAAAGGGUGUUCGAAAACAUGUUCUUAAAGUUUUUAACACGGAGUCCGCUACCGAUGAUGAUAUCCAAGUUUAUGAAAUAAUGUCAUGGAGCAUGGCUGAUCCUCUACCAAAGACUGCUGACGUGAUAGCAGAUGUUGUUUGUAGUAUAAACAGUUAUUUUGCUACACAGUCAGAGAAGAAACCAGUGACUAUUUUGUCAAAGGACGGUGCCUCUGGGUGCGGACUUCUUUGUGCCGCUCUUAACGCCACACAACAGCUGUGUCAGGACGCGGAGGUGGACAUGUUUACCAUUGUCAGGCAGCUGCAGGUCAGACGACCGGAAAUGGUCGCUACACUGGAAGAGUUCCGAUUCUGUUUUACAUCUACUUUGAUAUCACUUGACGCACAAGAGACCUCAACAAAUGAUAUCUACAGUAAUGAAGACAAUGUUUACGCAAAUACUUAGUGAGAUGGUCCAUGUAGAUACUUAUUUCAUCAAGAAUAACUGCCAAUAUACUUGCAAGAACAAUAUCGACCUCAUUGUUAGAGAUUUAUGUGAUGUUCCUUUUGUUUUUUCGAACGUUUUUCAUAUUGCUUCAUAUUUUUCCUUUAAACUUUUAUUAUCAAGUAAAAAGUUGGUGCUAUUUAUAUAUGUAAAUUGUAGAUUUUGUUUGUUGUAACAUAGAUCUUUUUUUCAUUUAUCUGAAAAUAAAUU